GGAAAUCAGCCACAUGCGGCUAGUGUAGAGUGUGCCACGGUUGAGUGGGGCCAAUCGUGCCCUCGCCAAGAUUCACCCCACCAAACCACGAGUCGCAAAAUAUGCGGAAAGUGGAAAAAAGUUCGCGAUCGUGAAAUCUCCGCCAAGUCAAUCCAGCAAGCUGCUCAUUCGCCUUCAUCACUUUGCCGAACGGGCACCCUCUACGUAGUCAAACCAGCAACCGAUCCCUCGAUACUCGAGACCAAUCCGCCAAGAUGUCUUACAACAAGCCCGAGAAGGAGUACGGCGAGGCUCCCAAGGUCCACAAGAUCCGCAUCACCCUGACCUCGCGCAAGGUGCAGUCGCUCGAGAAGGUCUGCCAGGAGCUCAUUGAGCGCGCCAAGAACAAGGACCUCCGCGCCAAGGGCCCCGUUCGCCUACCGACCAAGACCCUCAAGAUCACGACCCGCAAGACCCCCUGCGGUGAGGGUUCCAAGACGUGGGACGCGUACGAGAUGCGCAUCCACAAGCGCCUGAUCGACCUGACCGCGCCGACCGAGAUCGUCAAGCAGAUCAUCAUCAACAUCGAGGCUGGUGUCGAGGUGGAGGUCACGAUUGCUGCUUAAGUGGAGAGAGGGUAAAGGGGGCAGUCAAAAGGCGCCGGCUACCGGCUCCCGGCUUCUGCUGUGGAGUUCUAAAACCCAGGUGCACAUCUCGGGAGCGGUCAGAUCAAGAUUGUCUAGCUCUCGACA